GCUAGCGGCAGCCAAUACCGGCGGACGCAGGUAUCUCUCAGGGAGUUGGAAGUGAGUCUGUGAGGCCUCAGGCCCCAGAUCCCAAGAGCCCAAAUGCCCGUCCAACCUCCAAGCAAAGAUACAGAAGAGAUGGAAGCAGAGGGCGAUUCAGCUGCUGAGAUGAACGGGGAAGAGGAAGAGAGUGAGGAGGAACGGAGCGGCAGCCAGACCGAGUCAGAAGAGGAGAGCUCAGAGAUGGACGAUGAGGACUAUGAGCGGCGCCGCAGUGAGUGUGUCAAUGAAAUGCUAGACUUGGAGAAGCAGUUCUCGGAGCUGAAGGAGAAGUUGUUCAGGGAGCGGCUGAGUCAGCUGCGCUUGCGGCUGGAGGAAGUGGGGGCUGAGAGAGCCCCGGAGUACACAGAGCCUCUUGGGGGACUGCAGCGGAGCCUCAAGAUUCGUAUUCAGGUGGCAGGAAUCUACAAGGGCUUCUGUCUAGAUGUGAUUAGGAAUAAGUAUGAGUGUGAGCUGCAAGGAGCCAAGCAGCACCUGGAGAGUGAGAAGCUGCUGCUCUAUGACACGCUACAGGGGGAGCUGCAGGAGCGGAUCCAGAGGCUGGAGGAGGAUCGCCAGAGCCUGGACAUCAGCUCUGAGUGGUGGGAUGACAAACUGCAUGCCAGAGGCAGCUCCAGGACCUGGGACUCGCUGCCACCGAGCAAGAGGAAGAAGGCACCUCUCGUUUCUGGCCCUUACAUCGUGUACAUGCUGCAGGAGAUCGACAUCCUGGAGGACUGGACAGCUAUCAAAAAGGCCAGGGCGGCAAUGUCCCCUCAGAAGAGAAAAGCGGAUGGACUGUGACCAGCCAGGGGGUCCCUUGGGACAGCUGGCACCACACCCAGGACUCGAAUUUUCCUGUAGCAAGGCCCACUGGCAUGCCCCAGGGGCAGCCCUCCGGACUCUCCAGUGCUGCUGCAGGCGCCCCUCCAGCCGUAACUGGUCUGGACUCCUCGGCUUGCUCAGCUGUGGCUUUGGAGCUGACCUGGCCUCUCAAGACUGCUGUCUGUCCCUUAACCAACCCACCCCUCAGUGUCUGUGACAAAGGAGACAGAACUUGUUCUAAGCCAAAGCGAGCAACAUUCCUCCUGGUGACCUCAGGCAUGGGGACCCCAGCCACUAAACCAGGAGCUGGGCCCUACAUCACAGGAAUCAGAACUCUGAAUCAGAAAUGUAUGUUGAGGGCCUGUCUGCCCUGGCUGGAGCUGGAGGUGACAGGCAGGCUCCCAGCUCUUAUCAGGGCCAUUUGUGGUGUCUGCCUCCCAG